AACUCCAUAAGACUAGGAACCUGGGAGGCAAUGGGUCUGAACUAGGUUGUCACGGAGCCCGCAGGCCAGCUCAGCAGAGCCGGAACCUUGCUGGACAGGUCGCUGCGACAGCGCCGCUGGGUUGCCGGCCGUGUACGCUCUUGCGGGAAGCGUUUGGCUUUCCGCACGCUGAACGUGAGGGUUGGCGUUCUCGUUAGUCUUCUCUCUUCCGUCCUGCAGUUUCCAGGACUACAGAGAGGGACUAGCUCUCCGCUGAAUGAUGCAAGACACUGACUCCAGCAAUGGGACCCAACCUGUUGUCUGUUUCUCCCCCAGCAGCCUGUGACCCCUGAGGGCACGGACCAAGCUUGAUUCCUGUGUCUAUCCUUACCAGGGCGGGACCAAUGAGGGCUAUGACCUAGUCAGAUUCUUCUGUCUGCCCACCGGACUGUGACCAAUGAGAGCAGGGACCUGUCCUGAUUCCUGUCUUCCCCAGCUGACUCUGACCCUCAGGGCAGGGAGCUGGUCUGGUUACUGUGUUUACCACAUAUGGGUCCCCGAGGGCUGGAACAAGUUUUCAUUCUUUGUGUCACCUUAAAGCAGCAUAUGAUUAGUUUCGGUUUUAAUCCAAUUUCAUAAGUCUAGUAUCUGGUCAAUUUAGACCAUUUGCAUUUUUUGUGAUAAUAAACCAUUUGGAUUUGAUUUUAUCAUCUCAUUCUGUGCUUUCUAUUUGUUCAGGUUUUUCUCUUCCUUUUUUCUUCUUUCUACUUAUCCACACACAGCCAUCAGCCUACAAAGACAUGGCCACCAAUGCUAGCCCCUUGCACCCAUACUGGCCUCGGCACCUGAGACUGGACAACUUUGUACCUAAUGACUACCCUGCCUGGCAUAUAAUAGCUGGCCUCUUCUCCGCAACGGGGGUCGUAGUUGGGACCACAUGGCUGUUGUCAGGAGCUGCUGCCAUCAUCCGCCUGGGAACCUGGCGACGACUGUCACUGUGCUGGUUUGCAAUAUGUGGGUUCAUUCACUUGGUGAUUGAGGGCUGGUACAGCAUCUACAGCAAGGAACUUCUUGGAGACCAAGCCUUCUUGUCCCAACUCUGGAAAGAGUAUGCCAAGGGAGACAGCCGCUACAUCCUGAAUGACAACUUCAUGAUAUGCAUGGAGACUGUCACGGCUUUCCUGUGGGGACCACUCAGCAUUUGGGUGGUGGUUGCCUUUCUCCGCCAGCAUCCUGUCCGCUAUGUCCUACAGCUCGUGGUCUCUGUGGGUCAGAUGUACGGGGAUGUGCUCUACUUCCUGACAGAGUACCGUGAUGGAUUCAAGCACGGGGAGCUGGGCCACCCGCUCUACUUCUGGUUUUACUUUGUCUUCCUGAAUGCCCUGUGGAUGGUGGUGCCUGGAUUCCUUGUGCUCGAUUCUGUGAAGCAGAUCACCCACGCCCAGAGCCUGCUGGAUGCCAAAGUCACAAAAAUGAAGAGCAAGCAGAAAUAA